GAGGCGACCACAUCCGCGCGCGCAUGAAAGAUAGAUAUUUAUUAGUAUAUAUGAUUGCUUCUCCCUGAAACAAAUAAAACAAGUUGACAAAACAGCCCUUUUCCUUUUCCCGGUUGUAUUGCUUCCUCUACCGGAGCUGCCCGCACACAUCGCUCUCUCGUCCCUCUCUCAUCGCCCAUCGCAACGCGAUGACGACGACGGCGAUGAAAAGCCUGACACGAUCUCAUCUUAUCUCAAUUUUAUCACCCCACUUCCCACCCAAAAAAAAAGGGAACAAGACGUCCGCGUGGUUUGUCAACUCGGCUCAUCCCGGCCCGUGCUUCCUUUCUCCGUGGUGGUAGAUGCACAACAGUACAACGCCCAUUGCUCCUCCAUCCACUUUGUCUUCCCCUCCUCCGGAUGAUUGCACGCGCUGGGGAGUUGGAGGCGACCGUGGGGCGGGUUCAUCUUUGGGACCCAAUUUUCUUUAAGAGCUUUUAUAAGAAACUGAAUUUAUGAAUAAUCUAGUUGUUAUGAGAAUCUGAACACCAUGAUAUUUACGUGUGUGGAGGAAGAUGAAUGAUCAGUCUGCACACGGUUUAGGGUUUAAGGUUUAGAAAACGACAGACGACUUGACGGAUUCUACGUCCACGUUGAUUUUGCUGCGAUUUUUUCGUAGAAACGAUUUGUCUGUGAUUCUCGUAGAAACGAUUCUCACAGCCGAAGCAAUCUCUUGUCGGGCGAAUAGUCCCGGUCUCUGAUUCUGACGCCGUUACGACACACUCGCGUGGGCCGGCCGGGAGUACAUGCACAUGGGAACACAUCACAUGAUGGCUCUGGCGCUGGCGCGGGACGGAUCGCAUCACAUCACAUCUGAUGGCGUUGGGGGGAUUAAACCUCUCGACGUUGAUCUCGCCUUGAUUUUCCUAGGUACUGGAUCUCUAUCCAUCCCAUACAGCUCUGAAUAUCUGGGCCUCCCCCCACCCUCUCAUCAGACAUCACACACACAAAACAAAAAAGAACAGGUUUUUUGCCAAGGUGGAUUAAAAUCCGAGGUUCAUGGCCUUUUUUUUUUCUUAGACACUGGCGCACUGCUGCUCUAACGGUCUAGCUAGCUUAGGAGAGCAUAUGAGACUCAUCCGGCUAGCUUUGCAAUUAUCAGCUCAGAGCUGGAGAAAACUAGAAGGACAGCUGAACAUAUUGUAAUCUCUAGAAUAAUAAGAAACUGCAUGCAGAACUCUGUGGGUGCUCUAGUUAGGUUUACGGCCACACGGAUCACAGGAAUACAUUACGUAACGUAUGAUAUCUAUCGUUCUCUCUGCAUAUAUAAAAGGUAAUCCUCCUACAGACGACGAGUAGUAGUAGUGCGCGCAGUCUGCAGAUCGAGACAUGCAUGCGCAGUUGAGACGGGCGGCUGGCAUUGGUUGCGACUUGCCCGGUGGUGCUUAUAGCUAUAUCCCUUCCUUCAUGGACGAUCAUGGGCACAGCACUACUACUACGUACGUACUAAAAUGAUUCGGUCACCGGUACCGGUACGGCCGCUGGAAAGUAGUAGAAAGAGAACCUUUUUUUUUCCCUCUGGCCUCCGUCGUCUUGAUCUGCGGCUGUCCACAGGUCUCUUGACACAUGGCCUAAUUAUGCCCAGCCGCCCCUCCUGCUGCCAUUAUUGAAUACUGCCAAGGUUCUCACAAUAUCACCGGAGAGCAUGCACGGGGCAGCUAGGCGCCAUCUCAGGGACGAGCACUGCAUAGACACUUUGGUCAACUAACAACUCAAUGAGCAGGCGCCAUCUAAUGGGGCUACACAAACUGGUCUGAUAUGCCACUGGACAUUGUCAACCAAAUCUCUAUCGGCCGCGCAAUUACUCAGCAUAAAAUAUCGGAUACGAGUGAUUGUCCGGCUUAGAAUCUGAUUUACCCCGAUUCGUUUUAAUAUUGGAUCACUAGCAUAUAUUAUUUUGAUAUUGUAGUCUUGAAAGUUCCAACUAUAUACAGGCCGCGCUUUUAAAUGCACUAGAGCUGAUAUGAUUAGCUGACUAAAAAAAUUAAUAGUAGAAUUAAUAACUAGCUAACAAAUAGCUGACUAUUAUAUAUAACUGUGAGCUCACUUUGGAUUUUGGAUGAACUCGCUAAUGAACUAAUAUAUUCGAUUAGUUGAUGGAACAACUAAUAUAGUUAGCUAGACUAUUAGCCAGAGAUAUUUUGAUGUUUCCAGCUAAAAGCAGUUAAUAGCUGAAUCAAUAGCCAGUCUUUUUGAAUGUCACUAUCAUAUCCACAGAACCAAUACUGUAGCUACGAAGCUACAUAAUAUAUCCUACUUAUAUUACACUGACGAGAACGUGUCGAGCAGGAGUGGUGCUGGGGCCCAAUAAAGAAAAUGCCCAAUACCCCCCUUUUCUUUUGCCAUGAGACUGACGGCCGCCCCCUCUAGCUAGUUUUGUCGCUCAACGGAACCGCACGCGUUUUCUUUUUCUUGGAUGCCAAGAAAGAUCUAUAUAACUGUGCUGGGCACAGCAGUUAAGCGCAAGCCCAAGCCCCCACGCGCAAAAUCCAAAAAAAAAAAAAACAUCAGAGCCAUCGAAAUCACGGUUCCGUCUCUCUAACCGAAGAAGCUCCCUCACGAAUCGAAUCACAUGAAUCACCACGCGGGAGAGGAAAAAGUGCUAGGUGUACAUAAACCUGGCCAUUAGUUUCGCAACGUUAAUGGUAACGGUAAUGGUUCACACUCGAUAACCAACGGUAACAAGAUUGAAUAUACCAAUAUCAAUUUCUAGUAUGAUAUCCAAUUACGGUUAGACUUAAAUAAACAAGAUUUAAUCUUAUCGGUUAAAUAUGUGAACCAAACAACACCUAAAACUUUUAUACUCCAGUACUAGACAGUUGCAACCUGCAUAUAUUUAUUCGAAAAGAAAACAUGAUUCAGCAAACAGACAAAUUCUCUGUGACAUAAGAAAAAAACCGUCCAACUUUUUUACCAUCCAGAAAACGGGAGCUCUACCAGUGUGCCGGGUGCGCCUGGUAAAUUACGGGCGUCCAUGCAUGGAGCCCCACCCCCACCUCCAUGUAGGACCCACGCCCAAGUGACCCCACCACAUACCCGUGAAUGAAAGGAAGACUGAAAAGCAGAGUUCCUGCCAUGUUCCCCGUCCCCACACGCUCACGCGGCUCCCAUGGUGCACACCCACGGCCACGGGCCAUAGCGACACCCCCCGCGGCCCGCCUAUUUAGCCGCCCCCACCCACAUCGCGGCGGGGUCUCCAUGCCUCCAGUGUCCAGUCCAGAGUCCAGGCUCCAGGACUACCACCACUCCGUCUCGUCUCGUCCUCACACCCCACUCCACCACCACCUCUGCCUUGCAAAGCUUUCCACCGAUCCGCCGCCUCGUCCGCGCGCUCGCAGGCAGCAGUGUGGACUACCCGCCCCAUACUCCAUCCCCUACUCGAAGGAUACACCGUGAGUAGGCGUGAUGGUGCUUGAUACCCCGUUUUCGUGCAGCUUGUUGCUAAUUCGUUUUAGUUUGAGGGAUCAAGAACCACCUUGUUCUUUCUUUCUUUCUUUUUUGGACUAUGAUGAAUCAUUGCAAAUCUCUUGAAUACAUUUUUCACUAUAAAAUACUGCCUUGCCUUUGAGCUCCUUGGUUCACGUGCAAUGUUUCUUUGCCCUCCGAUUUUGCAGGACCUCGAGUUAUUAAGUUGGGCGAGGAGAGGUGGUUCAUUCCAGCAGGGAUCCUUCUCGUGAGCCCAGUCGAUCUGACCGUCCUUGGUAUCUGGGGGGGGUUGUUCUGUACUCUCUCUUUAAUUUGUGAGUCGUGACAGGUUCUUGAAGUGCAAUUGUUAAGAGUUUUAGUUGUAGAGGAAGAGAAGGGUUUGCUAAUAUGGCGUUGGCAGGGACCUCCAAAGUAGUGCUGGGAUGUAUCGCCUUUGGGAUUUUCUGGGUGAUGGCCGUCUUCCCCACCGUCCCGUUCAUGCCUGUUGGGCGGACGGCUGGGUCCCUCCUUGGUGCUAUGCUAAUGGUCCUGUUCCGCGUCAUCUCCCCGGAGGACGCGUACGCCGCGAUUGACCUCCCGAUCAUCGGCCUGCUCUUCGGGACAAUGGUCGUCAGCAUCUUCCUUGAGAGGGCUGACAUGUUUAAGUACCUCGGGAACCUGCUCUCGUGGAAGAGCAGAGGCAGCAAGGACCUGCUCUUCCGAGUCUGCAUCGUGUCCGCGUUUGCCAGCGCGCUUUUCACCAAUGACACAUGCUGUGUUGUCCUCACCGAGUUCAUCCUCAAGGUUGCUAGGCAAAACAACCUGCCACCACAGCCUUUCCUUCUGGCCCUUGCCACUAGUUCGAACAUCGGCUCUGCUGCCACGCCGAUCGGCAACCCUCAGAACCUUGUCAUAGCUGUCGAGAGUGGGAUCUCAUUUGGCCAGUUCUUGCUGGGAGUUUUCCCAGCUAUGAUCGUUGGGGUUCUCACAAACGCUGCUAUCCUCCUUUUGUACUUCUGGAAAUACUUGUCGGUGGAGAAGGAUCAGGAGGGUGGGCAGCCCACAGGACCAGAGGUGGUUGCCGACGAUGAGGUUACUUCCCAUCGGUUCACACCGGCUAGAAUGUCACAUGUUUCUUCUCUGAAUCCAGAUGACAUGGAUUGCGUAAGCGAACCGAUCAUCAGGAGCAACAGUGUCAGUACUACUGGGAAUGAGAACCUGAGAAGCAGAAGCAUCAAUUCUGAGGCUGACAUUCAGCUUGCGAUCAAGUCUCUGCGGGCAUCAAGCAUGUCGCAUGAGAUGGUAGAGGUCUCGACGGUUCCUGAUCGGAGAGAUGAAGGUGCAUCCUCAAGGAAGUUCACAAGGACUGCUAGCCAGCAAAGGAGCGUGAUAAUAGAGGAUUUAGCACCCUCCCCAGAGAUUAAUGGGGAAAAGGAGAAAGAAACUGAAGUUGCAGAGAAGAGAUGGAAAGUACUUGUGUGGAAGACUGCUGUUUAUCUUAUCACUCUCGGUAUGCUCAUUGCACUUCUAAUGGGACUGAACAUGUCCUGGACUGCAAUCACUGCAGCUCUUGUUCUUCUGGCACUCGAUUUUACGGACGCACAAGCUUGUCUUGAGAAGGUGUCAUAUUCACUGCUGAUCUUUUUCUGCGGGAUGUUUAUCACUGUUGAUGGCUUCAACAAAACGGGCAUACCGAACACACUAUGGGAGUUAGUGGAACCAUAUUCACGAAUCGAUAGUGCGAAAGGUGUUGCACUUCUUGCCGUGGUGAUUCUUAUCCUUUCAAACGUGGCCUCUAAUGUUCCUACAGUCCUAUUGCUCGGUACAAGAGUGGCUGCAUCAGCGGCUUCGAUUUCUCAUGGUUCAGAGAGGAAAGCCUGGCUCAUCCUUGCAUGGGUCAGCACCGUGGCUGGGAACCUCACCCUCCUAGGCUCUGCGGCGAAUCUGAUUGUCUGCGAGCAGGCCAGGCGGGCCCAGUUCUUCGGCUACAACCUCACCUUCUGGAGCCACCUCCGAUUCGGGGUCCCGUCGACCAUCAUCGUCACGGCGAUUGGUUUGCUCAUCGUCAUCAGUUACUGAAACAGCUGAAGGCAGAAGAGCGUAGUGUAAGAGAAGCAGAAUGGAUAAAAAUCCUUCCAAUAAGAAGUACAUGUAAAUUAGGCUUGCCCUAUAACUCAAGUGUGUAUCGGUACGUUAUGUCUCCGUCUGUGCUCUUGCUCGUGAGCAAGCAGCACAUGGCUGACCGUGUAGCUUGCAUUUCCAUUGCAUAAUAGGCUUAUGAAGAAUGCUUUGGUAAUAUGAUUUUACAGUCUGACAAGGAUUGUGAAGCAGAGGCAGUGUACCAUCAAGAUAAUACUUCUGGAAGCAUAUAAAAAAAUUUCGUAUAUUUGGAUUUCAAAUCCAGUCUGCUUCAGACUGGAAAUUCA